UUCAUAUCGAUUUUCAUCCUUAUUCAAGGUUCCAUGGACUAGAAUUGAUAUGAAACCUUGAAAAGAAACCGAAGCAUGAAAUUUAAGAUUAGCUUAUGCAACAAAUAUGUGUGCCAUUGUUCUGGCUUUAUGUCCUUAUCUUGAUUGCUAUUUCUUAGCCUCUGCUGGUAGUUCUUUUUAUGUAUGCAGCUUUCAGAAUGAUAGCAGUUUAAGGGUGAAAAGGUUCAGCAAGCAGAAAAGCAUCAGUGCAAAGAUAUCAAGAGAAGCGGAAAGAUAGUUACUGCUGUGGACGGUGAAAAUGAAGGAUCAGAAGAUCAUCAGACUUCUCUAGAACUCAACUUCUUGUCUGAUGUCUAGUAUAUGGUUCACAGUUUAUUGGUUGGAAUCCAGAUGUCUACUCAAAUUUUAACAGUAUUGUGUUACUUGGCUUCACUAUUUCCAGAAAACAUAAACUUGUUUUGGGAAGACGAGGUACCAAGUUAUGUAGUCAAUAAUCCAGAGAAAACUGGAAGGAGCAUGCAAGAAGAAGUGGAUACAUCUGGCUAUGAUGCUGUUAAAGAAAAUGCAUUUGAAGAGGACAAAGGAGAAACAAACACAUAUUAUCUGCCUGGAGGGUUUGAAGGUGAUGUGUCGUUCAUGCUGGAAUCAACCAACAAAAAGAGUGUGUACUGCUUCCAGACAGAGGAUUAUAAGUCCAUUCCAUGCUGGAAAAGCAGUUACAGUUUGACUCUAUGGAAGUUUCAAAUUAACCUAAAAAGAAAAAGAAGAGAUCCACACUUGACCACCGAUGGCAACUUGAUUCUAUUUUUCAAAGUGGCCAGUGGCGUCUCAAAUGAGUAA